UUUCGAUUUCGCCGCCUCGCUGGCGUGCGCGUGCGCGCACCCACACGCCCUCCUCCGUUACCUGGGCUCAUUUGCCCCAGAACGCAUGCGUGCCCAAGGCGCGCAUGCGUAAAAGAAGGGGGAGAUGGGGGAACCACUUAAAAAUAACGAACUUUUUAAAAGGACGACCGAGCGGGGGCGGGAAAAGCAGUUUUCGCUUCUCUGGGCCACACCGACGAGGGGGGAGUGGGGGGGGGACAGACUCCUGAAAACCGGCCGGGCUAGACAGUCAGGUAGCCACCCUGAAAGGUGAGUUCACUUCUUGGAGCCAAACGCCUCACAAGACACACCUGUUGCAUCUCCUCACACAUUGGCGGUGGGCGGGGAGGGAUGCAGGCAGAGGUGGCCACGGCUGUGUUGCGGAUAAAAUAAACACUGGGCGAAUGCAAAGUGCAAGGAGGCUUUUUUUUAAAGGUGGACUUCAGUCCUCGGAAAGCCUCGGAAAUAUAUUCACCUGUAACCACGUAGCCCAACAUAUUCGGUGCUUGGCUUACAGUCGCCCAUGUGUGUUAUCCGAAGGUUGGGUGGCUUAUUAGCCUUGGCGGCCUUUUCCUGCCCCUGUCUGUUUCCAGCAGUUGUUCAGCAAGGGGAAGUUUUGGGCUCGCAUCAAGCGGGAAAUUGUUAGGUUUCCCUGCCCGUUUCCCAUCUGCUAAAGGCCUGGCACCCAAACAGAAGAGAGUCGCCCAGGUGGGAGAGGUUCAGGUACUUAACACACGAUGAGUUUGUUCUUCAAAAACUCACUGACACAUCCUUAAUCCUUAAAACUAAACAGGAAUAAGCAUAAAUAGGUGCAAAAACUAUUUAUUCCUUGAUCAGUAUGCUUUAAUCUGUUAUAAGGAUGUGAUGUUAACUUGUCUUUUAGAAAGAGAGGAGGGAUUAUUUUAUUUCUUUCAGAAAAUGUGUAUACCGCUUGAUUGUAAAAACAACAACCCUCAAAGUGCUUUACAAAUGAUAAAACCUUAAAAUUGAGGGGAGGGGAAACAACUCUACUUUAAAACAGACAAAAGUUAAAAUACUAAAACAGAUUACAAUUACCUCAACUUUCUAAGCAUAGUGAUUCUUCAUGAUCUUAGACCUAUUCCAUUUUUCUCCCUUGGUGUUUCCCUAAUAUGUUCUCAAAUGAAAUAUCUUUACAUUGAAAUUUUGUAGCCAGGUCAAACCUUUUUUGCUUGUGGUCUGAGGCCUUUGCAAAAAUUCAAACAAAGAUAUAUAAUAAGUCAUAUUUAUAAAUAAAAACGUAUUAUGCUAUGUAUUAUGCUAUGCAUGUUAAACACACUCAGUAUAAACCAGAAUCAAGGGUAAAAAGGAAUAAAAUAAAGGAUAAUAAAACCAUCACACCAGGGCAUCAUCAUUACUGUUUAUACCUAUCUCUGAAAUCUCUCCUACACUAAUACUUGUGAAGCAGCCAGUGCAAAAAGGGUCAUGAGAGAUGAGUUAACCUGGCUUCCAAGUGAGAAGUUAGGUUGGGAAGCUGUAUCAGUGGCAAGGGCAUGAAUGCAACUCCUUGGGUGCAUAUCCAGUAUGAUUGGUGGUUAUUUUAUGUUUUAAUUGUAUUCAUGGUGUGUUUGUUGUAUAUUUCUUUGGUAUUAAUAUGCUUCUCACUGCUUUAUGUUCCUUUGACCCAAAAAGCAGAAUAUAAAUGAACGACAGCAUUACAUCAGAAGUUCUGAAGAAAUACUGUGGGGUUUUUCCAGGAAGUAAGGUGGAAAACUCUAGAAUCUGAAUUGAGAACUGCAGCCAUUUUGUUGAGGCAUAAAACAGAGAAAGGGAGAAAAAAUGCCAGUUCUGAAGCCUGUAGUAAAAAUGAAAGUGGACGAACUCUUUUUGCGCUGGUUGAGUGAUGCCUCAACUCAGGUGAUGCUCAAGGACUGCUUAAGAAGUAUAACUAACAAGGAGAAGAUUGAAAUCGGUAGUGGUGAUGCUGGGAACAAUGAACAUAUUCUUGGCCAUAUAAAUUGUGUCUCGAAGCAAAGCAUGCUGGGGAAUUUGAUGUCUACUUUGACUCCUACAAGCCCUCCUCAUCUAUCUACUGCUCUCCCACUGGGGACGCCAACAAGCCCAAGGAGCUUUUCUAAUAUUCGAGGUAAACGCAGAUCUUCAAGCACCAAAAGUGUAAGUGGUUUUUGCUAUUUCGGCAGGUAAGCCCAUUUAAGAUAAGCUAUGAAUGUUUGCUUUAUAGUACUCACCAAUUUUUGUCAUUUUGGACACAAAUAAGGGCUGUAAAGGUUGGUUUCAUCUGCUGUGAGCUACACAUGGUUUACUAGUGCAAUGAACAUUUAACCCCAAAUCAAUAAUAAAAUGGCCUUGUAGGUAUCAUAGAGUGCAAGAAUCUUCUUUGUUUUUGAAAAAAAUAUCAGCCUUUUAAAAUAAAAUCUAGAGGUGACUUGAGCAUGUUGGUCUGUAGGAAAUUCCAUACAGCUGUUUUUCCCCAUUAUAAACUGGAAAUGAGGGCUCAUCCAGAUUUUCACUUGUCCUGCUGCAUUCCCCUGGGGAAACCUGAUCUUUACCAAUGAAUUGAACCAAAGGUCAGUUGGGUUUUUUUGCAGAUUGAUGUGUGCUCCAAUUCAGCUCUAUAAAGAGCACAUUUUCCCUGGGAAAGCAGUGUAGCAAACUGAAAAGAGCUGCUCAGGCCCGUACUUUCUAGGCAUGGGGAAAGCAGAAAUCAUAAAAGUAUCUUAUGGGGGAAAAUAGUGACUAUUAUGUGUGUUUGGUGUUACUACAAUUGGUUUUGUAACAAACAGUAGAAGUGACUUUUAAGUGCUCAACCCUAUAACUUGUAAACAUUUAGGUAAUGAGGUUGUGGGGUAUCGGCAGUUGUUCCAGCAUAUCGCUAGCAGACAUGGAAAUGCUUAUGAUGAAUCACUAAUAUGAAAUAAGUUUCAUUGCUGAUGGCAGUAGCACUGAGUUGCUUCCAACUGAACCUUACUCAGACUAGGUUAAUUUCAAUGGGUCUAACUGUCAUGUUUAUUAACACCAAUGUGUCUGCUCUUGAGCAGAGCUAGCGUUGACUUCCACCUAUUGUAUUGGCUGUCUCUCAGGCCUUGUCUUCUGUCUUCCUUUAUUGUUAUGUUGAACUUCAGUUUUUUACACUCUAGCAGAGCAAAGAACCUAACAGCUGUGGCAGUAUUCAGAAUGCCAUGCAGCUGAUACCAUUUCCUCAGUUCCUUCAGAUAUGAGCUAUUUAUAGCCUGUGAAUUUAUUUAUUUAUUGUAGUUGUCAGCACUUGCUCCCUUGUAUGGCACCUUGCAUCAGCUGUUAAUGGUCUCUGUCUAGUGAAUAGCAUACCAGGCAUCACUGAUGGUACAGAACCACAAGCAUGGCCUCAUUAGUGACUUUGUUUGUAAUGAACGUUCUUUGCUUGUUAGGGCUUCCUCCAUUCAUGAAGGACUUCAAAUAGUGCGGAAUGCUGUAAAUGAAAACCAGAAUUAGAGCUUAUUCUAUUACUAUGUCUACUGCUUCUAACUGUAGUAUUCACAUAUUAAGAAUGAUACACUGUGAAAUAUCCCGAAACACUCUUUGAAAUAUGAAGUGCCUUGAUUUCAUGGACUGUAGUUUUGAUAUUUAUCUUGUAAAAGAUCAGUAUGAUGAUGAUUUUAUGUAGAGCAUUUGUACCCCAAUCUUCAACUAAAAGGGUUCCCAGGAUGGCUUACAUGCAGUCAAUAAAAACAAGGCUGUUCCUGCCUUAAGGUUUACAAUAUAUAAUAUAAAAAAGCAACACACAAGGGGGAAGGGACAGGAAAGGAAGAAGAAAAAUCAAACUCAAGUAAAGGUAAACGGACCCCUGACCAUUAGGUCCAGUCGUGGCCGACUCUGGGGUUGCGGUGCUCAUCUCGCUUUAUUGGCCGAGGGAGCCUUCGGGUCAUGUGGCCAGCAUGACUAAGACGCUUCUGGCGAACCAGAGCAGCACAUGGAAAUGCCGUUUACCUUCCCGCCGGAGCGGUACCUAUUUAUCUACUUGCACUUUGACGUGCUUUUGAACUGCUAGGUUGGCAGGAGCAGGGACCGAGCAAUGGGAGCUCACCCUGUCGCGGGGAUUCGAACCACCGACCUUCAGAUCGGCAAGUCCUAGGCUCUGUGGUUUAACCCACAGCACCACCCACGUCCCUCAAACUCAAGUACUAGUUCUUAAACAGUUGUUUUUAUAUUUAGCAACUGACCAGUACUCUAUGUUAUAAGCUGACAACCAGUUUCAUAAUGCCACUUUACUUUCUAGGGCAUGGGUGGGGAAACUGUGACGCUCCAGGGUGGCUGCAAGAGUACUUUGACAUAGAACCCGCAGUUCGCACACUGUCUUGUUGCGUGGGGGCAGGGAGCAAGGCCAAUAUUUGAUCAAAGUUUUUUUAAAAAAAAAUUCUAACCCACCUCUUAAGGUCCUGAGGAGAAACAGUAAUUUGGAAAAAUAUAAUCAUAUCUAGCCCCAGCCAAUAGAAAACUACUUAAUUUUUCUCUCUCUCUUCCAAUGAGCUUGUCCCGGAAACAAUCAAUACCAAAAAUGUGUCUCCAUUUUCUCCUUCAGUUUAUAUGCUGAUGGUUUGAAUGGUAGCAACAGUCCUGAUAGCACCUUGUCUAGUUCUGGUAUUGCAGAUGUCUUGACAAAGUGCUAGGGUGCUGCUGGGCUAGUGGGGGCUGCUAUGAAGCUGCAAAUGGUGCAAAUUAGUGUGAUAGUACAGUUUGUGAGCAUUCAAAAUGUAAUCUCUUGGGAGUAAAACCUGCUGAUUAGUUACAGUAUUCUUGUAAGCAUUGAGGGGCUUAUGGGAGGAAAAUGCAAAGGGGGAAAAUACACAAUUGGAGCAUGUUUGUGUAAGUAUAGAAUGGAUAUAAGCAUAUUUCCCAUAUGCAGUAUUUAUAAGCACUACAUGUAAGUCCCUAUUCCAGCUAUUUCCAUGUAAUCAUACAUUCACUUAAGAUAUUUAAAAAGGCUCUUGGAGCAACUUACAAACAUCAGUACUAAAACAGUCUCCACUGACAAAAUUACAACCUAAACAAGACAUAACACACAAGGAGUGGAUACAGUUGCACUGCUUAUAACAGUUAUAUAGCUCUGUCUAUGCAGUUUUGGCUGUUUAGAAAGGAAGCAGCUCCUUGCUAACGUCAGUUGCAGUUCUGACAUUGCACAAAGCUUCUAAUUGUUGUGUAUAUAUCUCUUAUUUGGCUUGUAUUUCCUUAACCUUUUUGUCACUUUGAUAAUUCCCAGUUGUUCUCAUAACUCUCUAAUUAGAUAUGUUGGGUUUAUGGUUCAUCUUCCAUGCUUUUGUAUUAAAAAAAAACUAGCUAAUUUCAACCCCAGCAAGAUCUGCACGCGCGCGCACACACACACACACCCUGCAAUGUUUAGGCUUGGAAUAAACCUUCCAUUGGAGACAACGCUUUUCCCCCAAGCCCAAUUGCAAUGAGAGAGGGAAUGAUUAAUUGUUACCUCCCUACUUGGGACCCUCAAAGUUGUCCCUUCCCUGUUACAAUUAGGCUUGAAAGAAGCCUUUUUUAAAAAGCCAGUGGAUGGGCUUUUUCAAGCCUAAUAUCAAUGGAGGAAGGAUGGGUGUGUGGGGGACCCUGCAGGUGCCAAAGAAGACCUCUGCAGACACACAUGUGUCAAUGGGUACCAUACUGACGACUUGCCCUGUGCCAUAUCCAGUUGAGAAGAGUGACAGGAAGCAUUUGAGUUAAACCUUGAAGGAGAGUGUUAGAUUGGGAGCACUGUUCUGGCCAUGCUCUUCAAACUAAGGAUGGUGGAUACUGAGCCAUAAAUAAGUUUGCGUUUAAUUAAAAAAUUUCAUCCCAGUGGCAAUGGGAAUACAUACCUUUCUUAUGAAAUAUAGCUUAUGUGAACAGUUGUCUUCAAGGGCAAGCAUCAGAUUCCUCCUGCUAAUCAUCUUGCUAAAAAUAGAUUUUCUAUUCUUAAAGAUACAUGUUUGCUAUUCCUGUUCAUCAUACUAAAGAGAUCCCAGUGUAAGCAAGAAAAACUGUUGUAUAUCCACAAUGAGGGCGACAAAGCACAAGUGGUAAGCCAAGACAAACUUUGGUUAUAGCUCAUGGUUUGUUCAGAGCAAUACAAACCUUGAGUCUGGUUUCAGAUGUAAACUGGCUUAGCUCCCAAUAGCAAGGCAGGAGUGAAGCAGCCACAAUUUUCUUGUUGUGCUCCAGCACACUUGAUUAUUCAUGCUACACUAUAGUUUGCCAUAGCAUUACAAUCAGGCCAGGCCAUAGUAUUGCAAAUGUUUAGGAUUGUGGUUUGUUUUUAUCAACUUCUAGAAAUUAGGAAAAUUACAUUUUCUAGAUGCUGGUUGAAUCCAAAAGGUUCUUUGGACAAUCAGGGUGAGGGUGGGUGUGUCGACAAUUCUGCUGAUUUUCCACCCAGCUCUUGCCAUUCUGGAGGGGCCCCAAGCAGAUUUAUAAAGGAGGACAUAAGGGCUACAUCAGGAAGAAGGAAUAAAGUCCCAUUGUAUUAGCAGAACAUUGCCUAUGGUUCUUAAGUGCUAAGACAUAAUUUGUUUUUUUCAUAAUGUAUAAACCAUUGUACUUCCAGAGAAUACUCCAAGCAGUGUACAGAAAUAGAAUUUAAAACACAAUACUUUUCAUAGAAUUGUUGAAACAUAAAAACCAAGACAUUUUUUUAGAAGGCUUGAGAGAAAAGAAAGGUUUUCAACAAACAUAUACCAUGUACUUCAACUUACCAAACUAGCAUCUUCUAUUCAUUACUCUAUUUCAUAUAGAGUCCUUUACAUAUUUCAUUGAGACAAAGGAAAGCUGUGCUUGAGCUUCUAAAAUGCAGGAGUCCUGCUAGGGGAACGGAUAUUAUUAUUAUUAUUAUUAUUAUUAUUAUUAUUAUUUCUUACUUGAUUAAUGUACAACCACUUGUUUUGUGGGGCAGGGGGAUAAUAUUGCUAUGACUGCACUUCUGGUUGUGUGCAAUUGGUUGGCCCUGUUCUAAAUAGUGUCUACAUAGUAUGUUGGGCAUUCUCUGCUCAUGUUCUGCAAUUCUGGUGCACUCAGCUUUUAAAGCUGCACAGAAGUAUUAUGUGUGGCUUUUAAAAAGCUGACUUUGCAUUCCAGGCUUCCAUUCCCUAAACUGCAGUAACUCCAUGGAAGCAGCAGAACAGAACGUACAGGAAAUGGUUCUGACGCUAUAAUUAAAGUGAGGCUCUUAAGGCCAAAACUGCAAGUUUUCCAGGGCAAUCCUAUACAUGUCUAUUCAGAAGUGUUACUUAUAUUAAGGUGGUACCUGUGCAAUUUAUCAUAAUAUAGUUCCCCCCCAAAAAAGCUUUAUAUUCAGUAAAUACAUUUUUGAAAGGAUUAGUUUAAAAACAUGAUAGAUUAUUUAUGAUGAAUUCCCUUGAUAUGUCUAUGUCUUGAUUUAUGUCUAUGCUUAAAAGCAGGCAUUGAGGAAACUAUGCAGUGUUAGAAACUGAGAUAUGAAAGCUAGGAGCUACCCGGUAUGUGGCACCUUAAGCCUAGGUUAUGGGCGCAACAAUGCAAUGUCUAGGCACUAAAGCUGAAAUGAAUGAACUGCAGCUCUUAACUUCAGCCACUUUUGUCCGUUGAUUUGUCUUGCCAAUGCUUGCAUUUCUUAGUUUUUUCUUUUUUCUGGUAAAGUUUUUCUGAGUUCUUUCUGUGCCUCCAGAUAGGAUAUUCUUUGGUCUUUCAUAGAUUUACUGGUAAUUCCUUUCCUUGGGAUGCCGACAGAGAGUAUAGAACCCAGAUGAAUUUUCAUCCACACUGAGUUCUUCUGUGAAUAUUUCCCUCCCAUUUCUUGGCUGUUUUGUGUUAGAUAUCUGUUGGAAGGAAUCCGGAAUUAUCUGCCUACCUGUGUGAUUAUCAUAUAAUUUUGAGCAUAAUGCCAUUUCCUUCAGUGUGAAAGUUGACCUUAAAGGGACCUCUUUUUAAGGUGUCCCUCCCUCCCUCCCUCCCUUGCCAGAGAUGCUUCCUGUGGGUGUAAUAGUGAGGAGACAUUGUUAGGGUUCACUGAGGAGCGUUUCAGGCCGAAUCCCUGGGUCUGGCUCUUUAAUGAUAUUUUGCAAUUAUAAUUUAUAUACACAGACUGAUGUGCAGGCUUGCUACAAAAUGUUGCCUGGCUUUAUUUAUUUCAAUACAUUUGGAUCCCACCUUUUAUCCAGGGAGCUUAAGGUGGCAUACAUGGUUCUCUCCCUCUCCCUAUUUCAUCCUCACAACAACCCUGUGAGGUAAGUUAGGCUGAGAGGCAGUGACUGGCCCAAGGUCACCCAGGGAGCUUCAUGGCAGUGUUAGAAACUGAGAUAUGAAAGCUAGGAGCUAAAUGGCACCUUAAACCUAGGUUAUGGGCACAACAAUGGAGUGUCUAGGUGCACUUUUUUAAUAACAAUACAAAGCUAAAAAUGAAUGAACUGCAAAUAAAAUAUUUUUUAUUCAUUUUUCAUAUGGUCCAAUCCUUCCCCUGCCCACCCCCCUAAUAUUCUUAAAAGGGUCUCUUCUCUAGUCUUCAUGGAGUAGCUCGAAGUGGGGAGGCAGAAAAAGUUCUUCCUUUCCUUCCACUCUGCAGUUUUAAUCUGAAAUCUUAGAUGCAGUACUGCGCCCAGAGCUCAGAAACUGCUAGCACUAAUUAAAUUCCCUGUUGCAAAAUGUGCAUAGCACAAUGGGAGUUUUGAACACUGGUUCAAAAUGUCACAAUUGAAAAGGACCUUUCUCUUGUCUUCACCAGCAGACAUCUGUCAGCAGAAAGAUGGCAAGAAGGGUCUAGAAGUUGAGUGAGAUUUUUAAACAGGCAAAUAUGCUUCCUUCUGGAAGCAAAUUCCAAUACAACAUGUUUUCAAAAUCCUCAAUAUCGGGUUAUCUGUGUGAAAAAUAUUGGUGCCUAAAACUGACCACUCAAACCAAUUGUGUGUGGGAAAAGAAGUAGUUGAUUCAGCUCCCUUUCUGGGCCUGAUGAGAUGCUAUGUAUUCUACCAGCCUCUCCCCCUGUCAAGGAGAAACUAGAAGCAGGCAUCAGGAUCACAGACUCUUUUCUAUGCCCUCACUGCAGGGAGACACAAACCUCCAAAUUGUGGUUACAGUAUUUAGUUGCAGGCUCUUUCUCAACAUUAGGUUUUCUCCUCUAGGUUUUAAAACCCUUGACACUCUCUUUGCUAUGAUGGAUCUGUUUAGACGACAAAGAUAACACAACAUGCAUCACCCAGGGAGGGUUUCCUUUCCCUUCCUAAACAGGGAGCUAGCUGGCCUUUGAUAGACUUGUCUUUUCCUGCCUAUUGCACUGCCAUUAUAUGGAAAUGAUCAAGCAAGAUAAUCCCACAGUUAUAUUAGUUUGCUGGAGAAUGAGAGUGACAUAGUUUUUCUUGAAGUUUUUUUGAUUUUUUUAGAAGAAUUAGCAGCUGCUUUCCAGUUACUUCAAUAACUCAUAUUCUGCUCAGCAGGAUAUAAUUGAACAGGCUGUACCUUCGACAACUUUUCAAUGAACAUAAGGAAAGCCUUAAAGUUUGUUUUGUGUGUUAAAUUCUUGCUUUUACAAGCUACUCUUUUGGAUUAAGUGAAAUCUCACUGUCUGCUAAAGCAAUACAGUCACCCUGCAACUUAGAAGCAUUUAAGUUGUGCACAUUCAGCUUUACAUGCUUGACAAUUAUUUUUUUUAAUUUUUAAUUAGAAAGAGGGCAUGUGUCAGGGGCAAAAAGACUUUGGCAGCCCCAUUGAAUCCAAUGUAUUUUGACUACACACACUUGCAGCUUUAGGCACGAUCUCCAGAAUGUAACCCCCAUGUAAGUUGCAGGCUUACUGUAUAGGGAUUGGAACCAGAUCCAUUCUGGUAGUAUUUUACUCUUAAGUCACAAAUCUCAGCUAUGCUUGUGUAUAUGCUUGCCAAUUUGCUCCCCUUUCAGAAAGCUAAACUGUUCUUCCUGGCAGGGCUAUCCCCAUUAGCCAACCGCCUAGGAUGCCAGCAUUUCAAAGUUGUCUCUCCCAGUUAUGCUGUUGGAGAGAGAGCCACUGCCUGUACUUUUGGCUGAGGUGAAGGCACACAGACUCAUCUCCUUGGCUGGGUAAUAUCCCUUGCAUUCCAGGGGACACGAUAGUGAUCCUUCUGAUCUUGAUCAGCUGUCCAAGACAUAGACACAGUUGUAAAGGAGAGGAAGUAAACAAGCAGCAGACAGUAAAAAUGAAUAUGAGAAAGUACUGAAUGGAAUCUUCACAGUGUUCAAUUGGGGCAGCCCUGCUCCCCACAUUCAAUUCUUCCCUCUAAUGCAAGGCUUCCAACUGGAAACAAACAUUGGUUCCUCUUUUCUCCCUUUGCCUUCUCCUUUGCCUUCAAACGUUGCCCUUCAGAAAUCCAGCCGCUGCAUGUCUCAGAUAUCCCUCCCACCCAUGCCUCUCAAACUAUUUUCACUUGCCUCCUGUGAUUUCUUCUCCAGAUCUCCUUUCCCACCUAAUUUCUAACUUCCUGGCCUACCUGGAUGGUAAAUGCUUCAAGUCUUUUAUACUGAGCCCUUUGCUUUGAGAAUCUUGCCUAGUAACAGCAACGUUCUAAACUUCCAGAGACUAACAUUGGCCAGAAUAAUGCCUUUUAAAUAAAAACUACACCAAGCAUACUGGACAUUUUCUUUGACCUAACAACAAACCAUUUCCCCUAAGAGAUAGUAUGUACAAAAAGAAAAAUAUUUCCAGAAAACCAGCAAAGUGUAUGCAAGAAAAGGCACAGCACCUUUCAACAUGCUAGUGACUUUCAUCAACUGCUCAACCCAUUCAAAAUAAUUCAUUUCAUACCCUGUCUAACCAAAAUUGGCAUGAACCAUCCUCAAACAUCUCUCUCUUACACUGUAAAGUUUCAAAUCAGUCCAUUGAACCAUUUUCUAACUAGAAGCCAUAGAAGCUAUUCCCUCCCUGAUUUCUCAUUAUAUUAAUGGAAUGUGAUUCAGCUGACUCACUCUUAACAUCAGGCCAUCACUGAUCUUACAUAAGAACAGUGCUGCUGCAUCAGGCCAGGCCUAUUUAUUUCACCUUUCUGUUCUCAUAGCGGCUAGACAAGUGUCAGUUGAAAGGUUACAAACCCAUGAUCAGAAUAGUUCUCUCCUGCUUGUGAACCUCAGCAACAAUCAUUAUCUACCAUAAAUUUAUAUAAUCCUCUAAAACCAUUCAAGUUUGUAGCCAUUGGUACAUAUUGUGGAAGGGAAUUCCAUAGUUCAAAAUGUACCUAUGAAGAAUUGCUUCUAGUCCUGAGUCUCCUCUAUUAUUUAGCUUCAUAGGUUGCCCCUAGUUCUAACAUAAUGAGAGGGGGAGAAAAAUGCCUCAACAGGAGUGGACACCACUAAUUAGCACAGCAUCUUAGGUUCAAUUCUUGGUUUCUCCAGGUAGGGCUGGAAAAGACUCCUGUCUGAAACCCAGAAGAGCCAGUCAUUGUAGAUACAGUGGUACCCCGGGUUACAGAUGCUUCAGGUUAUAGAGUCUGCUAACCCAGAAAUAGUACCUUGGGUUAAGAACUUUGCUUCAGAAUGAGAAUAAAAAUCGCACGGCAGCGGCAGGCCCCAUUAGCUAAAGUGGUACCUCAGAUUAAGAAUAGUUUCAGGUUAAGAAUGUACCUCCAGAACGAAUUAAGUUCUGAACCCGAGGUACCACUGUAUUACUGAUUUAGUUGCACCAAUGGUCUGACUCAGUAUGAGGCAGCUUCCUAACUUCUCCAAACCAUACAUAAUUGUAUACACCUGUAUCAUAUUCUCCCCCCACUCUUACUUGCCUUUUAAACACACAUACACACACUUGUCACAAACUUUCUAGGAAGAAUUCAGAAACAUUUGAUUUACUUGGUACUUUAUUCCAAUUUAUAUAGCAUGGUACCCAACUAAGUGAGCAACAGAACUUCCCCUUCCUCUCCUCUGCCCCAUGACCUCUCCAGAUCUGCACUGUAGGGUUGCAGAACCCUCAAAACAAAUACACAAGGAUGGGAGAGGUAGGAGAGGUCCCAUUACGUGGCCAGUAAUCAUUGCAUCCCACUAUUUUGUUGGAUGGCAUCCAUAAUAUUUCCAUUUUUGUGGCUGUAUAUGAUAUAGCCAUUAUGUGGUAAAUGAAGACGCACACACACAAAUUCAAAUCCAAUGUGUAUAAAUUACAUAUCAAGAUUUAGGGUAACCAGGGUACAAGAAAUAUAUUCAUUCAAAUGUGUCAGAAAAAUAAUAAAGGAUAAAGGGUAAUUGAUUGCCAAAUAAUAACCAUUAUUUAUUGUCAUGUCAAUGUUCCCUCUUAAAAAACAUCCCCCCCCCCCCCAAAAAAAAAAGAGUUAAGCUUUUUAUUUUUAUUUUUUGCUUUGGCAUUGCUAUAGCUGCUUAUUUUUAAACAAGCACGUAGAUCCACAGUUUAUCUUAAGGUGGCUUUCAUUUCUGACAUACAAAACACUCAAAGGGCUUUACAAGUUUGGAAGCGCCUGCAAGCCUUAAUCCUUCAAUAGCCUACUUUGAGACUUGAGCAGUUGUGACUUGCGACAAAAGGAAGGGGAAGAGAGGAAGCUACAAAACCGCUACGUCUGGUAUUUUCAUGUUCCUCCCUGGUUGGUUUCACUAAAUUGGAAGUUACUUUUAUUGAUGGUUUUGAAGUGCCACUUUUAUAACAGGCUUGUGUCUUUUUCCAUACUCUACCAUACCAUUAAGACUUUGGAAUGCUUGGAGUAAGGGGCAGGCUCCCAAAGUGACUUUCCAAUCUGUGUCCGCAGUUCUAGCCAAGUUCCCUUUUAAUGUAUGGAGCAGGCUAAGUUGAACUCGCUCUCAGAAUAACACAGAAGUAAAACGCAGCUGCUGCUUUAAGUGGCACUGUGUGAUAAUAGGACUCUGCUGUUUACUGGAACUCAAGUGCCUGGACUGGUACACGCACAAGCAGUAUAUGAAAUCUGAAAACAUGAGGAUAAAGGAGAUUUCUUUACGGCAAGAUCCUGAUCUACGAAAGGAAUUGGCAUUGCUAGCUCGGGGAUGUGAUUUUGUUCUGCCUUCCAGAUUCAAGAAGAGACUCAAAGCUUUCCAGCAAGUCCAGGUUUGUUUACCAUUAUGAGUUUGACUGGACUGUGUGUGUGUAAUAUUUUGAGGGACUGGGGGGGGGGGGGAUGUUCAUGCUGUUUGAGUGGAGACUAGCCAGAUAUGCCUUGAACUUUGAAAAGCCCAAGUGGUUUUAUUAGGUUAGUAUAAAAACAAAUACACCUGCGUUUGAAUAUGGCUACUUUGUUCCUGUUAUUGUUGCUACUCGUAUGUAAAAGUGGGGUGUUGAACAAUAUAACUUUCCCCAGCAUAAGUGUUCCUUUUUUAGCCAAUGAAUGUGGAACUGCUCAGUAGAAAAUAAACAAUUAAUAGUCAUUUGCAUACUUAUCUAUCCUGGCCAUCUUGCAUAAUGAAAUUCAUUUUUAAAGUUCAUGUCCAGCAUCCUGUUAUAAAUGUUAUCCAGUUCGUGUUAUAAAUAAGUGAAUGUCAACUUACUAUCGCAACUUACUAUGAUUUUCUGCUGUAUAGUAUUGUAACCUGAUCAGGAGAAAAUACUGAUCUUAGUUGCUUAUAAUCAGAUAUAAUACAUUGAUGACGACCAUGCAUUUUAAUGUUUAAUCUUUUCACCCUGCCUUUCACCACCCUGACAAAGCUGUAUUUAGUUGAUGCGAGCAUCUUCAAAAUUGCAUAGUUAGACAGAAAAGUGAAAUCUUUUCCUCAAAGCUGGGAAUCUAAUAACUAUCUUGCUUUCAACUGGAGUGCAGCUUGACACUGGAAGCUAAAUUGCUAAAGUCAACUUUUAUCUUAUUCACAUCUCUCCCCCCCCCCCCUUCUGCACUUUCAGAAGUUUUCAGUUUUUGAUGUUUUAUUGUGUUUUUAAUAUUUUGUUGGGAGCUCCCCAGAUGGGCAGCAUAAUAAUAAUAAUAAUAAUAAUAAUAAUGCCUCAUUUCCUCACACAGGCAUCAGUGGAAAUGUUAAUCUGCUGAAUACUAUUCUUCCCAACUUACUUACCAAGUUGGAGUAAAAAGUGAUGCAUGUGUGCAGGCAUGCAAGUAGGGUGGCAAAAUCCCCAACAACCUAGCCUUCCUGCUGCAGCAUUUUAUACGUAUAUGGGUAGACCCAGGGGUGUUGUUAGUAAGUGGCCCAGAGGGCUGAAGCUAUGAAACGUUUGCACUGGGCCUGGAUCUUCUGUGUCUCCCCCUUUGUCAAAGCUUUGUUUAUAGGGCAUUCUGGACAAGUUAAGAUAGGUAGUUGGGGAGUGCUGGUGUUGCACUUUCUGGCUUGCCUAGCCAUCCUGUAAGCAAAGGAGAAGAGGGGGGAGGCAAGCCCUUCCCACUUGUGCUCAGUAAGCUACAAGGUGUGGGGAGGGGAGUGACUAUGGAGUGGGGAGGACAGCACACUGAAUGGUGGGGGAUAGUAACCAGGAAGUUUAUUGGGUGAACAUGAGCCAAUAAUUUUCUUGUAGUCUGUUGUCUGUCAUCACCAUCCGGAGAAAACUGUUAAUGUGUGUAUUCUUUUUCUUUUUUCUUUUUUACAUCUUGCAUGCAUAAGUGCUCUGCCCAUUUCAGAGAUGGAAACGUGUUUUCUGAAAAGUCUUCUUCAUGCAUAUAUUGUUGAUGAUAAAAUACACAUCAUGUCUGGCUUGACUAACUUACGUGAGGGCUGUUUUCUUGAUUUCCAGCUGUAGCCAAGAUUGUGUCAAUCUAUUAUUGUUGGUUGUCAUGUGUGAGAAAUAAUCGGCUAGUGGCAGGGUAGUUGUAAAUAUAUGCAGUGACUGGAUUGGGUGAGGAAGGAUGUAUAUGUAUGAUAAAGGGACAAGGGGGUCAAGUUACAUGUGGGACAAGACUUGUAGUUUUAAUUAGUAUUGAUAGCAGCAGACCUUGCCAAAGAUUGUGUGGUUGGGACAGAGGGUCCAAUCCACAUUGCAGUGUACUGGGUGCAGAAAAUCCUCUCUGCCUCUGUCUACCCCCACUCCUAGCAUACACCAAACUAUGAUGUGACAGCAGGAGCCACCUCAAAUUUGCAUCUACACAUAAAAGCUAGUGUGCAAAUUCAUUUAUUGAGCCUUUGCUCUGAGUCUCUUAGGAGACUAGCAACACUUCUUGAUGGGGCAAAUAAUGUUUAUAGAAAUAAGCGAGCUGUGGUAUUCAGUGCUGAAUGAUUGUUCUUCAAGGUGCAAUAGUGGAUUUCCACAGCCUGCUUCCAUUCUGGAUCCUUAGCUACUGACAACAGGUAGAUUUUGGCAGCAAAAGUUUACAAAUUUUAUGCAAGAGACACAAUAUUGUGGGAUUUUUUUUUUACUAGUUUCUUUCACCUUCAUGAAAAGAGGAAGAGAGGAAAAUCACAUCAUUCUGUGGGCCUUUCCUGGUUUUUUUAAAAUAUGCGAGUGUUACUCAUUGAUUACUUGAGAACUAACUUUUUGUUCUGAUGAAGUAGCAUUUCCACGACAUUCAGAUUUCAGUAGCAUGUUUCUGGAAAUAUGCUAGGAGUACAUUCAGCUGCUGUUAUUUAAUGGAAAGUGUUUUUAGGAUAUGGCUUAAUCCAGUACAUGGGUCCAUCGACCAGAACCUCAGUGCAGUUGCUUACCUUCAGUUUCUGGAGUGAUAGUGUAGAUUAAGUCAGGCAUGGAGUGAAUUCUUGCUGUGGGAGGAGUCCAUCCAGUAGGACCCACCAUCCGUGAGUGUCCUCCCUGCAGUCUCUGAUUAAGAAUUUGCAGGACAAUCAGCUUAUUUUCUUUUCUUUUCUUUUCUUUCUUUCUUUCUUUCUUUCUCCCCCCCUUUUUUUAAGAGUGUGAAGGAAGUUUCCUUUUAAAAGAAGUCCAGUGUUCCUCUGUUAGGAAACAUUUUUGAAUCUGUUUACUGCACCAUUGAGCUAUUUUGUGCUUCAUAUAUUUUAAGGUGAAAGAGAAAGAGGUGUGUGUAUGUAGCAUAUAUAUGUCAUGUGGCCUUGUGUAUAUAUAAUUAUAUAUAUGCAUGAGGCAGAGAGUGAGAUGCUCCUACCCCUUUUUUCCUCUGAAGUCACAGCUUGAAAUGUGCAAAGAGGCAAUCGAACACUUGUAGCUUGACAUUCCCUCCCACUUGUGGCUUUGGGUUGCCCUGUGCUGGAAUGCUGGCCUCUCUUAUGAGGUCACCUUCAUACCCCAGAUUCUGAUCACUAGAUGUAAAAAUAGCCCAUUUUCAGGUUUUGCUUGGGCGUAUGUGUGUUGCAACCACAAACUCUUAAUAUAAAUAUAGACCUGCAAGCUCAUAAUAUAUUGGGCAACUGUCCCUUCUGCUGUUGUAAGAACCUCCUCUAUUAAAUACAAAGAUGUAGUCAAGAAAUAUUUCUGACAUUAGGAGGUAACAUGUUAUUGAGUUGCAGGGUCUCAAAACCUUUUUAUUUAACUUUUUAAAAAAAAAACAAAAAAACCACCAUUAUAUUUGUCUUUCAUAUAAUAACUAUUGAUCUAAUGUCAGUGAACAUUUAUUUGCCUGUGGGUUGUUGUUUUUUCAAAUUUCUGAAUGAAAAGGCUAUUUUUCACUGGAAAUUAAUUACUGUAUAUUGUUUCUGCAUCUUCUAGCGACUCUUCCCUCAUCUAUGCUAUUUCGACUUGCUCCCUGGGUCAGGAGCUGAUAAACUCCAGACUUGUGGGGAUUUACUUCAUUUUUUGCUAGUACCAUGAGGCCGUUCAGUCAGAUAUUGGUGCAAAAAUUGGCUCAGAAGGGCAGACAUAGAAUUAAAGAACAGAGUGCCUCUGAACAUAUGCUUGGACCAGGAAUUUGUUUGCAUUCCCAAAACUGAGGUCACUGAGUUUCCCCCUACUUUGUUUCAAGCAAUACAUACUUUUAAGGGUUUUUUUGUUAAACACUUGAAAUCAGAACACUUGCCCACUGUACUACACAUCACCAGAAAUCUGUCAUUGAUCCUGCUCUAUCUUCUUUCUGCCCUUGUCUAGACCAUUAACUUUAAUUACUGGGCUGGACUAAGUGGGUAGUUGCACUACAAGCAUUGCCAUUACUUUAUUAAUCUUUUCUGGAAUUGUUUUUAAGCUGGACUCCUACAUUUGUUUACCUGGAAGCAAGCCAUGUUGAACUCAGUAGGAGGACUUCUGAGUAGCCAUGUGUAGGAUUGUGCUGUGUGUGAGAAUCUCUGAAUUACCCGUUGCUUGUGCCAGUAAACUGUGUAGUGUGUGAAGCAUUUCUUAAGUAAAUAGGAUUAUUAUUUACUGUUUACUACAGAACUAGUGUUACGUGGCACCUGUAACCGUGCCAGAUCCACAUUUCGAAGCUGUUACGUGGGCAUAUAUGGGAUAAGGCACUCCUGCAAGUAAACUUGUCCCAAGCUGUUAAGCACUUUAUAUACUAACAGCAAGACCUUGAACCUGGCCCAGUAACAACCAGUGCAGACCUCUGAGUAGAGGUGUCAUUUAAAGUUACAUUUUGUUUUUUAAAUGUGCUUUAACAGACCUGAAGAUUUUCUUAGGAAAGAGCAGAAUGUGUUAUAAUAUAAAGUGCUGUUGCCUGCCAAUACUAUCACAAUGGCUAACAAAGAAUGUGUGAGGAGCACUGUUUGGCAUUGUACUCUUGCAUGCCUUCCUGUAAGACUGCAGAGCUCUUUUUUCUAACUCAAAUCAUGUAUCUAAGUCUUCAGAUUCAUGCUGGAGUACAUUCACUUGAAUCAGUAGUAUACCUUUCUCUCCCCUCCACACCUGAGUAAUAACUGGUCAGAAAACAAGUUUCUCUCUCUGUGGGGGCUGUUGUGAAGAAACAAUUGUUUAGAUGUGUGCAGGCUGAAUCUUGCUGCUAUCAGAGCUCAUAAAUAAUUGAAGGAAAUUUUUUGUUGAAACCUCACAGUAUUUUCUGCUGUGGACAUUUAAAACAAAGAACAUCUACAAUGUUAUCCCUUGGCAAAAGAGUAGUGUACAAUAUUGUGAAGUUCUUGAGACCAAAUCUAAACUUGAUUCAAGACUGAGUGUCCUAAUAAUAAUCUGUUUUUGAUAUAAUGUUGCUCCAAGCCUAUGCAAUAGAAGUUGCGUGUUAUGCAGCUCAUAAGUAUACAUGGUCUAUUUUUUAGCAUUUUUUGUAUUUAUUGAUUUGUUUGUUUGGUUGUUUAUUAAAUUGGUUUAGUGUCCUUCAUCCGAUGAUCACAGGGUGGUUGGCAACAUAAAAAUACAAAAUGAGAACACAAAAUACAUAAUAAAACAAAAGCACAUCAAUAACCCCCCUCCUACAAACACAUUUAAAGAGCCAUAGAAAGUUUAUCAGCCAAAGGCCUCGUUAUAGAGAAACGUAUAUGUAAUGAAGGCUCCAGGUGAGCCUCCCUGAGGAGAGCAUUCAGCAAACGGGGAGCCUCCUCCAAAAACGCCCAAUCUUGUGAUGCCACACUCUGGACCUCUCAUGAAGGAGGCACAUGAAGGAGGGCCUCAGAUUAUGAUUGUAGGGUCCAGGUCAGUUCAUAUAGGGAGAGGUGGUCCUGGGCCAUUUAAGGCUUUAUAGGUCAAAACCAACACUUUGACCUUUAUAGGGCAAAACCAACACUGCAGCCAGUGCAGCUGGGCCAGGAUCCAUGUAAUAUGCUCAAACCUUCUUGCCCCAGUAAGCAACUUGCCUGUUGAAUUCUGCACCAACUGAAGUUUCCAAACCGUCUUCAGAGGCAACCCUACUUAUAACACGUUGCUGUAAACUAAGCUAGAGGUUACCGGAGCAUAGACAGUUAGGCUAUACCUUUCCAGAUAGGGGCACAGCUGGGCCACUAGCCGAAGCUAAUGGAAGGCACUCUGCAUCCCUGAGGCCACCUGAGCCUCAAGCGACAGUUAAGGAUCCAGAUGUGCUCCCAAGCGGCAUACCCACUCCUUCAGCGGUAGUAUGACCUGAACAAAAGCAGGCACCCUCCUAGGGAACUGCUCAUUAACAGUGGCUCAGUCUUCUCUGGAUAACCCAACACAUCAGUUUCCUGUAGAUGUUAAACAGCAUAGUGGAUAAAAUUGAACCCUGAGGAGCCUCGCAUUGAAGGCUGCACAGGCCCACAGAUCAUUCUCCAAGCAUUAUUCUCUGGAAACAACCAUCCAAGUAGGACUGGAACCACCACAAAGCAGUGCCACCUAACUCAGACAGCCACUCCAGAAGGAUACCACAGUAUCGAAAGCCACUGAGAGGAUGAGAAAUAGACAUAUUAUCCCCGACUCUCUUCCAACAGAGAGGGCAACUAAAGCAGUUUAUGUUUCAAACCGGGCCUAAACCCCUAUUGAAAUGGAUCUAGAACAUAAUUUUCCUCCAAGAGCACCUGGAUCUGGUCCAUGACCACCUGCUCAAUAAUGUUGUCCAAGAAGGGGAGCUUGGCAACUGACUGAUAGUUACUUAAGAUUUUCCAAAUGCAGGGAGGAUUGGUUUCUUGAGGAUUGGUUUUAUUGCUGCCUCCUUCAAGCAGGUAGGGACCACCGCCUCACAAGGAGGCAUUAAUCACCUCCCUAGUCCAGAGUGUGGCCUGCCACAAAUGUUGGGCCAGUGACGUUAGGGGCCAGAGCCAGUCACCUCGGCAUGGAUGUUGAAGUCCUCCAGACCCAGCAGUCUGGGAGUCCUCAACACUGUCUAUGAGACUAGCUUUGUCACCUCAGGCAGGGAGACUGCUAGGCAGCGAGGUGGCUGGUAAACCAGCAGAAUGCCUAAUCUAUCCCAGUUGCUCAAUGCCAGGAACACAUUACUUUCAUUCUGCUCUUGCCAUAUACCAUAUACCAAAGCAAUCUUUCAUUGUGCAUGCCUGUGCACCCCUUUUGGUCAUCAUUUCUCUGCAUCUUUGGAGUAAAAAUGGGUCAACAUAUAUCAUCUACUUCAAACUCUAAAAGGUGUUUACUGAAGGGCUUACUAUCUGCUGAUGGCAAUGUUUGUGUUUCCUCAAACAGCUGGUGGUCGUGUUUAGCUGUCACAAGCCUAACAUGUAAAGAGCAAAGCACUUUUGUAAAGAAGGGAAUGCUAAAUAUAAUCAACAUUUCCCAAAUCUAAAGGCUUAACAUGUUACACUCUGCUGUCCUCCAUUUGGCUGCAGUAGAAAAUAAUUAGUGCUUACAAGCUUAAAUUGUAUGGUGUGUUAGUGCUGCUUUUUGUUGUCAUGAAGUUUCUUAUAGUGAGCUGUUUUGCAAACUUCAGUUUUCAUUUCUUAGCUGAAACUUUUUUGUGCCAUUUGGUGUGUAUACACUAAUUUAGCAGUAUGUAUACCAAUAUUAUGUGGCAAGAGAGUUUAAACCCUGCAAUCUGUAUAAUUUAUGGCCCUAUUAGUCAUAGGGUAGGGAAUUUGCUAUGAAGAGCAUUGAAGCUCUGAUCCUUCGCCAUUGGAAAUACAGUUGUCCUCCCCCACCCGAGCACAAGAUAAAGCGCCCACAUAUUUCUGAGCCUGCCUUGGCAUCCAUCCAGCAAGGCUUCAAACUGUAAAAAAAAUCAAACUGGAGCUUUCAGAGUGCAGAAUUAUUCAGCCAAUAACAAAUUCCAGUACUCUUCUUCAGCAAUGUAAUCCAUAGCACUCUGCCUAUGCUUGGCUGUUUCGGACAUUUUUACAGAGCUGUUUAGGUAUGGUCAGUGUUAGAAACUGCGAUAUGAAAGCUAGGUGCUAAAUGGCAUCUUAAACCAAAGUUAUAGGCACAACAACAGAAUGUCUAGGCACACUUUUUUAAUAACAAGAAUACAAAGCUGAAAAUGAACUGCAGCUAAAAUAUUAUGUUCAUUUUUCACAUGGUCUAGUCCUUCCCCUGCCCACCCCUGUAAUAUUCUUAAAAGGGUCUCUUCUUCAGUCUUCAUGGAGUAGCUGGAAGUGGGGAGGCAGAAAAAGUUCUUCCUUUCCUUCCACUCUGCAGUUUUAAUCUGAAAUCUUAGGUGCAGUUCUUUCUCGGUCUCUCAGUGGCUUUCAAUACCACUGGGCCAACUGUAUUACAGCAGUUCCAUUCCUACCAGUGAGAAUCCAGAGAGUAAAAAAAAAAGAAGAAUCCAGAGAGUACCAUUGUGGAAGUGCUGUUUGGCCUUCUGGUACUUUUAAUAUAAUAUUCCACAGGGCAUUAUUUUGUGUCCAUUGCUAUUUAACAUAUGUUCCUACAGAACACCUGACUCAGGAGUUGCUGUGUAAGCCCUGGGCCAGUGCCUGAAUGUAGUGGUGGACUGAAUGAAGAUCAGUAAACUGAAUUUGAAUCCAGAGAAGAAAGAGGUUCUUUAGGUAGAUGGUUUUAUGCCAGAAGAUAGGCCAGUUGCCUGUUUUGGACUGGGUUGUACUUCCUCUGAAGGAGCACAUAUGUGGCUACUUCAAGAUGCAUCUUUAAAGACCUGAAUGACCUCUGUGACUACUAGUGCCUUUUGUCUAGUAUGCUGGCUACAGACAUAUCUAGAUCGGGGUAGUCUGAGCACUGUAGUCUACGCAUGGUACUCUCAAGACUGCUGCAAUACAAGGUUGCCCCAUGAGUCUGAACCAGAAGUUCCAGCUAAACGGUUGAUGAGGGCAUACGGCCAACAAACCUUUGCUAAAACAUCUGCACCAUAUACAACUGGGCCAGGCUCAAGGUUCUCAUAUUAAUAUUCAAAGCCCUGAACAAAUUAGGUCCAUGAUAUCUUAAGGACCUCCUGAGCCCUUAUAUGAUAUCCCAGCUGAGUCACCGUAUCACACAGAGGAGCACUGUUGAUUGCUUCAGAAGCCCAAAUGGCUUCAACUAGAAAUAGGACACUUAGUGUUGCUGGCUCCAUGCUGAUUCUUCAGGCAUAACUUUUUCAAGAAGAACCAGCCAUUUUUACCAUUGUUUGUAUUGUUUUAUGGUACGUGUUUUAUUGUGCUUGCAUAUUCUGUUGUGUAUUUCCUUGAUACCUUAUUUGAGAUGUGGUGAUCUAUAAUAUUUGUUUAUAAGUAAAGCUAACUUUUCAGAACAGUAUGCAAUUCUAUUUUAUAGUACAAUCAUAUGUAUGUCUAUUCAGAAGCUCCCAGGUGCGUAUAAGAUUGCAGCCUGGGUGGGUGUAGCAUUUCUCAGUUUUAUUCCAUCUGUUGUUCCUUUUGCUGUAUGCUGCCAUAUUUCCAGACAGCAAUAUGAAUAAAAGCUAAAUCCUUGUUUACCAAAAGCAACUUUUUAUCAAGUUGAUCAUUAAAAACUGCUAUUGCUCUUUUUUAUUUUGACUAAUAGUCACAUCUAUACAUACGUUGAAAUGCGAUUUCUUCCCCUCUUUAAAGUGAGCCUUUUUAAAAAAAAAAAAAAAAAGCUGCCCCCUCAUUUCUUCCAAGGAUGCAGUAUCACUUUCCACCCCUUGUUCCCCAUUUGAAUUUGGAAAAGAACUUGCUAAACAACUGGAAAUUAUAGUGUAGUCUUGACACAUUUAGCAAAACUGUUCAUUAUUUGCUAGUGAUUACUUGGUAACGUGGGUUCCAAUAAUAGAUUAACCUUUGAGCAACUGCAGAUGUUUUGUUACCCAUUUCCAAAAGCGUGAGAGGAGGCUACAAGGCAAAAGGCAGUUUUUUCUAUCACAGAUUUAAAGAAUAGUGACUUUCAUUGUUAGGCUUCAGAAAAAUCUCUCAUUUCCUUCCCACCCCCAGUUUAAGGGUUAUUCCUAUAUUACCAUCCAAAUAUUAUAGUAGUAGGCUUGUUAAGUGUACAUUUCAAGACUUGGAGACAAAACUGUCAAGAUGCCUAUUUUAAUUUAUGUCUUAAAGUUUAAAUUUUCCUUUUUCUAUAGGUUCAGUCAAAGAAAGAAGAACCUUUGACACCAUCUCUGAGCCAAACCAUUCCAACAUUUUAUUUUCCUCAAGGAUGUCCGAAAGAAAAAGUGAACAUAGAUAGUGUUAUUACUAAGAUAGAGAAAACUUUUGCUCAGUUUCCAAAUGAGAGAGCAACAUUAGAAGAUAUGGGUAAAGUUGCAAAGGUGAGCCCAAUAGGUUUCUCUUCUUCUUGCCCAGAAGGAUAUGAAGUUCAUGAAGAACAUCAAAUAUACUGAAGUGUGUGCAGUGCAAUUCUAGGUGUGUCCAUAGGGCUGCAUCCUUAGUAUAUUAUUUGGGAAGGAGAAAAUAAUUUUUAGGUGGGACCUACCUCUGACCAUAAUGGUGGAGUAACUGCCACUUAUCAGUAGGGGGACGGAUGAGGCAGCAGGAUGGUUGGCAUUGUGUGGGUGCAUUGGUGGAGGUGGUACUCCUCACCAACCGCUCCUGUGCUAUACUGAUAUAGGCUCUCACCUCCAGGAAGUGGCUUGCAUGCCACUAGCAGCAUGUGAGAAUAUGGCCUGAAUCACAAAGACCUGCAAAAUAUGUGGUAGCAGUUUCUUUCUUGCAUGGUGCAUUUUAAUGUAUUUUUAAUCUUUAUUGGAAGCCGCCCAGAGUGCCUGGGGAAGCAAAUAAUAAAUUAUUAUUAUUAUUAUUAUUAUUAUUAUUCACCAGGUUGAACUGUAAAUGGCUGAGCACAGUUAGGCUUUGUGUCAUCAGUGUAGUCAUAGAAUUGACCUAAACAUAUUGUGCCUUAAGGAUCUCUCCAGCGAGUUAAGGUUCGCUGACAGUCUGUAUAAGUCAUUUAUGCAAUAGAGAGGCUGACAAUAACAGAUUUUCCUAUGGAAAGAGUUGUACAGUGGUACCUCUGGUUACGAACUUUAUUUGUUCCGGAGGUCCGUUCUUAAGCUGAAAGCAUUCUUAUCAUGAGGUGCACUUUCGCUAAUUGGGCCUCCGGCAUGCAAUUUCCAUUCGCAUCCUGGGGCAAAGUUCACAACCAGGAGCAGCUACUUCCGGGUUAGCAGAGCUCGUAACCUGAAGCGUUCGUAACCAGAGGUACCACUGUAUUUAAAGAGAAGUAAAGGAAAAAGUGAUAGGAUUCAGUCCAGCAAGACCUUGCAUGCUACAGGUGGCGUUUUUGCCAGAAACAUCCCUUUAACGAGCCUAAGGUUUCGACUUAAAUUUGAAAUAAGUAUAAAUACGGUUGUAUGGCAUCUAGGGCAGUAUAGCAUUUCACUCAAUAAGUUAAACAAUGUACUUUGAUGCUUACAAUAGUGCAAUAAAAAUGAAAGUUACUUUCCUUUUUCCAAAAUGUUGGCAUUCUAAUAGGCCUGACAGUUAGUUCUAAAAGAAUAAUCCUCAAAUUUGCUUCUGAUUAACUCUAGGCUUGUGAAUGUCCUCUAUAUUGGAAAGGUCCACUAUUUUUUUGUGCUGGAGGAGAACGAACGGGAUUUGUGUCGGUUCAUAAAUUUGUUGCAAUGUGGCGGAAGUAAGUAUGAUUUAUUUAGCAAGGCCAUUUCAUCAAGCUUUAAAUAGCUUAACUGAAUAACUUUCCUAGAAAAAAAACCAGCAUUAGAAUAAGGAACAUGGCAAGAGUUUUAAAAUAUUUAUUGUCCUCUUCCCCCAUCCCAAAAAUGUAUAUUUGGAUUUGGUGUAAAACAACCAUGCCAUUUCAAAGUGAAGUUUUUAAAAAAGAGAAGGAAAAAUAAGAUGCUUGAAAAAGUUCAUAAAUAAAGGCAUUGCUGGGUUUGAACAGUAACUCUUUUAAGCCUGCUAGAUUCCUGACAUUUGAUGGACGCAUAUAUGGAAAUUUAAGAAAUUUAGGGUUAUUAUUAUUAAUAGUUAUUUCAGGCAUUGCAAUAGAAUGACAUAUAUAAAACAGUUAUGCGUGUAAAAACAAUUGCCCAGUGCUUUUUUCCUUUAAAAAAUGUUUAGGAGUACUCUCGUUUUGACUCAAGAAAAUCACCAUUUUAUAGUUCAAAUUGGGGAAAAUAAAUACAGUAAAUGGACAAAAGUACAAAGAUUCACAAAAUGUUUAGGGGUAUGUCCUUCCAGAAAUAAAGCACUACAAUAUAUAUAUCAGAUUGAAACCACAGUGCAUAUAUAAAAUCUAUCCAGAUCCAGGGCAGGGACCAUCUAGAAUAAUAUUUUAAAAGGCUUGUGAAAAGAGAAAUAUAUUUAGCAGGCACCAAAAAGCCAAUAGAGGAUGCCCUUCUCUGAUAUGCAAAGGAUAAGGACCACCACAGGAAAGGCUUGAUUUAAACAUUGUGCGGAAUAGACCUCCUGAUAGGAUGCUAUCUGUAAGAUGUCCUUGUGCAGAGUGCAGUGAUUGGUUGGUUAUGUAGGAGAUGAUUGGAGCAUGUGUGGCUCACCUGGGGCCCUCCAGGUGUUGUAGGACUAUCAGUCCUAGCCAGUAUUGCCAGUGGUCAGGAAUGAUGUGUAUUGUAGUCCAGCAGUAUCCGAGGGAUCACAGUUUAGCCACCUCUAGAUCAGAGAUUUCAUUAAUUCCUAUGCAUACAUUUUGAGCAGAUCUCCUGCUGGGGAAAAACAGGUUGCAUUACAAAGAAAUCCAGUGCAACAGUUGCACUAGCAGAAGCUUGUUGUGCAGCAGAUGAUUCUUGCUCAAUCUGUUGCACAAUUAUCUCCAAGGGAAUGUGUGUUUCCCCCUACACAACAGCUGAUUGUUCUUGUGCAACGUUCUUUGGUAAUGUACUUUUGCUUUCCUUUGUGCAACCAUGUUCCACCAGCACAAGUAUAUCGCUAAGUGGCUUUAACUUAGUACAGUCGUACCUAGUUUGUCGAACGGAAUCCGUUCUGGAAACGUACUUCUGAAAACAUACGACAACCAAGGCGCGGCUUCCAAUUAGCUGCAGGAGUUUCCUGCACUCAGUUGGAAGCCGUGUUGGACGUUCGGCUUCCAAAGAACGUUCGCAAACUGGAACACUCACUUCCGGGUUUGUGGUGUUCGGGAGCCAAAACAUUUGAGUCGCAAGGCGUUCAAGAUCCAAAGUAUGACUGUACUACAUUGCAAACAACUCACAGGGCAUUUAACUUAAUAUACAUGUGCACAUUAGACUACUUAUACAUUUCAGGAUUCUACAGACUUGCCAUGAUGCUGCCUCCAAGUUUGUGCAUCUUCUCAAGAGCCCUGGAUGUAACUAUUUGGUACAAGAAGACUUCAUUCCAUUUUUACAAGUAAAUUUCACUUUCUUGCUUGCUAUUUUUAUGUCCUGAACCCUUUAAAAGACUUUAGUUUACUUUCCAUUCUUUUUUAAAGAAAUAAACAUGACUAGCCCUUAUUUGCUAACUCAAUGACACAAAAGCUGACAGAUCAAAAAGCUCAAGCCAUUCCUAGGCUGCCUGAUUACUAGAACAUGGUGAAAAUGAAUCAGUGCUAGUCUUCUCACCCAAAGUUGAUAUGAAGUCCAUUCUGCCUCCAUAGCCCUCUGAAGCCUUUCUAUUCCUUUUCUAGCUCGCAUUCAGAUUACAUAUGUGCAUUCACCCAGCUCCCUACUCUGAAUCCAUGCUUGUCUUCCCUCCUCCUCCAAACUGUUUUCCUCCAUUACUACUUUCUCUUUGGAGAAGAACCCUUUUCCCAAAUAACUGGAAUUUUGCAUAUUAUUUCUAAAAUUAGAAUUCUAUUUUUCUUCCUAAAAAUGAAACCUACUUUUCAAAUAAGUUAAGACAUUGUGCUUAAGUACCAACAACAUGCUUCUAACCUUUGUGCUUCUUUCUUAGGAUGUGGUCAAUAGUCAUCCCAGUCUAGUCUUCCUAAAAGAAGCAUCAGAAUUUCAUUCUCGGUAUAUUACAACAGUAAGUGACUUGUAUAUAAAGCUUGUUUUUCCUUGGGGCCAAUCCAGAACGAUUUGAGCAUAUAACACCAAUCAUGGCACAACUGCACUGGCUGCCAAUUAGUUUCUGGGCUCAAUUCAAAGGGCUUGUGUUGACCUAUAAAGCCUUACAUGGCUCAGGACCUCAAUACCUUAAGGGCUGCCUCUCCCCAUACAAACCAACCCAGAUCCUGCGCUUGUCAUCUGAGGCUCUUUUCUAUGCCCACCUCCCUCCCAGAGAGUUUUGAGGGGUGGUAACAAAAGAAUGGGCCUUUUCUGUGGUGGCUCCUUGAUUGUGGAGUGGCUAGCCUUUCACCAUCAUUACAUGUAUUUAGAUACCAGGCAAAAACAUUCCUCUUUAUCCAGGCCUAUGGCUAUUAAAUAAUUUAAAUAAGUGAAAGUGUGGGGGAGUAGACUGUUGUUAUAAUAUUAUCAUUCCGCCAGCACAAGCAUUUCUGCUCGCCAGUCAAAACGAUAUCCCUUCCCCUGCUUUUCUGCGAGUUCUUCUGAUCCCUCAGAGCCGACAAGGGGUGUGUGUGUGUGUGGAUAGCAGGGUAAAGCUCCAUUAAAUUAGUGAAACUAUUUGAAUUGAGUAACAUGAGUCUGCCACCAUCACAUAUAAUACUAUUACUACUACCACUUCCAUUUAUAUACCACACUUUAUCAAAAGCUCUCAGGGCGGUAUACGGCAUUAGAAACACAUUACAAAACAUCAAUGAUCAAAAUGUAAUAAAAAUAUAGUAAAAAGCAUACUGACAGAACAGCCUAAUAGUAAAAUAAUAAUUAGUGCAACAUUGAAUUCCAUCAAAUAUCCCACUGAAAGUUUUCUCAGCUUUGUUUAGGUAAGUACAAGUCUUUUAAAGCUUGUAGAAUGUAGAAAGCAGGGAUUUGGAGAAGGAUAAAGCACAGUGGCUAUAGAUUAAACCCAAAAGAUCUGUCAAGGUUUUGAGCAAGUUAAAUUGAAUGAGUGUUUGUAUCAUACUUAAGUACUCAGACUAUUUGAAUGAAUGCAGUUGGUGCAUCAUUCAUGCUUUAUUUUUAUGUUUCAGGUAAUACAAAGGAUAUUUUAUACAGUAAACAGAUCCUGGUCAGGAAGGAUCACUUGUAACGAACUCAGAAAAAGCAGUUUUUUACAGGUAUGAUCUGUGUAGUUUUGUGAAUAACAACAUAAGCCUUUAUAUGUUAACUGUUCAAAUAGAGGGCACUGAAAUCAAUGAGCGCCAGAUGGCUUAGAGCAGUGUUUCCCAAAGUGGGCGAUACUGCUUCCUUGGAGGGUGCUGGAACUAUCCAGUGGGGCACUAGCAGCCUCAGGUGCAAUUGUGGGGAGGGGGCAAUGGAAGCAUAAAGAACAUUUUGAAAAACCGUUCAUACAUGUUUCAUCUGUUGUGUAAUGACGCUAACUGCCAGGUUGGGCUCUGUUGCAGAACAGCAACAAUUCCUCCCCUAGACCCAGCAGUUGAGCUGGAGGCGAGGGGUUUUCCUGGGCUUGGGUGAACCCUUUUUGGCUUCACCCAGGAAGUGGAUUGCAGCUUGACUGCCUAUUUAUAUAGAUACAGUGGUGCCUCGCAAGACGAAAAGAAUCCGUUCCGCGAGUCUCUUCAUCUUGCGGGUUUUUUCGUCUUGCGAAGCAAGCCCAUUAGCGGUUUAGUGCUACAGUAUUAGCGGCUUAGCGGGCUUAGCGGAUCAGCUGAUAAGCGGCUUAGCGAUCAGCUGUUAAGCGGCUUAAGGAUCAGCUGAUAAGCGGCUUAAGGAUCAGCUGAUAAGCGGCUUAGCGAUCAGCUGUUAAGCGGCUUAGCCGAUCAGCUGAUAAGCGGUUUAGCGGCUUGGGAAAAAGGGGGGGGGAACCCCGCAGGAACUCGCAAGACAUUUUCGUCUUGCGAAGCAAGCACAUAGGAAAUUCGUUUUGCGAAGCACCUCCAAAACGGAAAACCCUUUCGUCUAGCGGGUUUUCCGUCUUGCGAGGCAUUCGUCUUGCGGGGCACCACUGUACAUAAAAGAAUGCAAAUUUGUCACUGCAUAUUUCUGUUUGUUCAAUCAAAGAAGGUAGAAUUCCAGGGGGAUGCUGAGUAUUUUAUUUUUCUGAAAAGGGGGUAGCAGGCCAAAUAAGUUUGGGAACCACUGGUUUAGAGGGUGAACUGGUUUUUUCCCUGUGGAUCUUAGUUCUGUUCAGGAAAAUUUUUAUUUGCAGUUAGCCAGUAAGGCUUAAUGCUUGCGAUUUGAUAAUGUUCCAGUUGAAUUUUAAGUUGGUUUGUUGAAAGCCUGCUGCAGGAGGCUGUGUCAUAUUUAUUUAAGUAAGAUCAUAUUUUUCAUCAUAGAACUGUUAAGCACAGUUCAGGCAGUAGUUUAAAUCAUGAUUUACACCAUUGCAGAUGAACUUAAGGUUUGCAUGCUUCCUCGAUGCAUAUGGGAGGAGACAAGUGAAAGUUGUUUUCAGUUUUGACUAAACCUCAGUUCCCUGUUAGAUUUAGAACUUUGAGAAGUUGUUGGUAUAGAACUCAGUGGGGCCUAUAAGAUAUUGAAUUCUUCCUACAAGCUGCUAAUACGGUACUUCCUCUCUUUUAUCAAUAGAAUGUGGCAUUAUUGGAAGAGGAAGUAGAUAUUAACCAGCUGACAGAAUACUUUUCAUAUGAGCACUUCUAUGUAAUCUACUGCAAAUUUUGGGAGCUGGAUACAGACCAUGACCUUUAUAUUGAUCCGAAGGAUUUAGCUCGGCAUAGUGACCAUGGUAUGACAAAUGGAACAAUUCAGUUCAUUUUGGAUAGUGCAUGAGAGUACAUUUCUGAGUCUGCAAAGCUGGAAGAUAGCCUAUGCUCUUCUAUGACAGCACAGAAGUUGCCAGCCAGGUGGGGCAGAGCCGCUACACUAGCUUCCCUGCAGAUAGGUGGCUGUUGCUUACUUGGAGGGGAGAGGCCGAUGCAGUGCAAACACACCAGCAGAGCCAUUCUGUUGUUUCUGACAGUGCAUUUGCACCAUGCUGACUUCCCCACUGUGUCUCCUUUUUGGUAAGCAACAGCGACCCACUUGCUGUGAAGCCAGCAUAGUGGCUCUGCCCCCACUUUACAAACUGCUUCUGUGAAAGUAUCCAUAUUUGUAGCAAACCAAUCCUUAAUCUUUGAUCAUGGUUCAUUCCAUUAAAUUUUCAAAUACGUAAAAUAAUAGUCUGUAGACCUGGAUGUUACAUGUGUAAAAACUCUGUGUAUUUUCGCAUAUCUGAGGAACAUUCCUGUAGACUGGGAGCCAGCUUCUCCUGCACACACAGUACUCAGAAUCAAUGUGUGCUUUCUUAUGCCACUUCUGUGUGAUGCUUGCUGUAUGACUCUUCUUAGUGUUUACAGUAUCUAUAGUGUUAAUAAUUUCCUUUUUGCUGCUGUAUUGGAGAUUUUGCUGAAGUCCACACGGAAUGAGAAAUAUUUGAAAGAUGAACUAUAGGGUUUCAUCUGCUUUAAACUUUUUCUACUGAGGAACUAGUUAUAAAAAGGCAGUCUGCGGUAGUAAAAUACAACUAUAUUUUAUUGGUUGGCUGGCACCAGUGCAGAACAUUUGUGUUAGUUUAAUGAUGAUGCACUCUUCUGAGGAUGCGUGCAUGAAUGUCCUGAGGACAAUUACCAAUACACAGUCAAGAGCUAUGAUCAAAGAGGUUUGGGGCUAUAUACCUUUUACACUGUCAUAUGUCAUUUUAUCUGUACUGCUAAGCAUCCAGAUUGGCUAACAGAACUAACACGUCCGUUGUGCCGAUUAUCCCUUCUAGACUCACAAUGAACUUGAAAUUAAAAUUUAACUGGAUUUAUGUUUCUUUUAUAAGAAGUUUUAAUUAGACACACCUGAGAAGGGGCUGGAAUUUUGAACAGAACCAUGUCUGUUCAGUGGGCCAGUUCAUAUGCUCAGCAUUCUUACCUGCCAUGAGAAUCCCUUACAUCACGAGCAGUGUUCUUGCCACGCAUAUAUAUAUAGUAUGUGAUACACAUGUAGGCCUGAGGGAUGCAGUUUCCUCUCCGCCAAGAGAGACACACUCUCCCAUGGGCAAACUGGGCAUACUGACAUCACACUUCCUUUACCUAAAAGAUGUCCAAAGAGGAUCUCUGCUGGGUGGGUAUUGAUCGUUAGGCCAGAGUCCUUAGAUGUUGAUUCCUUGGUGAACUAAGACUUCAUUUGCUGGAGAGGGGAGGAAAAUUGUUCAGUGAAGCCAGAGUAUGAAUGUGUUCCAGAAGAAAUGUAAGAUGUUUUUCAAAAAUUCAGGUUGGCAAUUGUCCAGGUAGAAGCAGGCACAUGUGUUCAGUUGCAGGCAUUUAAAUAGCAUUUGUAAAUAUAAGACUCCCAGGCCUUAUAUUUUAACUAAUUUUAAUACUGGGUUUUUAUAAUCUUGUAUCCUGUCCUGCGACCUUAUAGUGAAGAACAGAUAAUAAAUCUAAUGAAUAAUAAAUAAGACAAGGACUGAAGUAUUUCUAAUAAAGUGCUUAUGCACAAUCUCUGAAACAUUUAAAAUGUAUGAUUUAACUUUAACAUAUUGACUGUAACCAUUUUGCUCUUUCACAGCUAUAUCUAAUCGGAUGAUAGAGAGGAUUUUCUCAGGAGCUGUAACAAGGUGUCUCUUUUUUACUUAUUAAAUUUAAAUUUAACCAUCAUGCUUCAAGAUUAGUUGGCAAAGUACAUGGACAGCUGAAUUCUGAUAAAUAUGAAACCUAUUUCCAAGAUUCAAUAUUUACCUUAAUAUUGAUUAUUCUAAAUGCUGCAUUUUUAAAAAGAUUGACAAACUGUAGGUUAAUUUAUAAAUUCUUUUCCAUAUAUUAAAAGUACAAUUUGACUAUAAAGAAAACAAUCAACAACUGCAUUUUCAUGACUGACAGCGACAGUUGUGUUUUAGAGUACUAAUACACAUAUGAAAACGGUUUUUAAUACCUUCUCUUCUCCCUUUGCUUUAAUCACCUGAAUCUCAAAGAGGCAAGAAAGCACAGAAAGAAGGAAAAAUAAGUUAUGCAGAUUUUGUAUGGUUUUUAAUAUCGGAAGAGGAUAAAAAGACUGCAACCAGGUAAGAAUAAAUAGCUGUUAGGAGUAUAAUUGCAGGCCUUUUAUACAAGAUCAUGGGGUCAGGUGACUUGUGCUGCUACCAAAGUUCGAUAAUUAAAUUUCAUUUUAUAGAUCUUUCUUACGUUCAGUACUAAUGAAUUAAGAGGUUUGUGUGUUAAGGAGAGGCUGGGUGCCAGCUGCCAGGGGUGCAAUUAUUUCAUACUACAUUGAGCCAGAGGGUUAGGGUAAGAAAUGUUGUUGGCAUUUGUCUGUCUCGAGAGACAAUGGAGUGUGCCUCAGGGGGUGAAGUCAAACCAUUGCAUUAGCAGCACCAAAGUGACUUCCCUAGGGCGCAAGCCUCAGCAGUGCGUUUGGCAGCAGCUUGGCUGCAGGAGUUGCCAGAAAGAGGCACACAAGGCGCCAUCCAACUGUCUUAGGAACUCCAAUCCGGAUUUGUGUAGGGUUUAUUCCUUAGCCAUUUCUUCUUCCGAAGAUAUCCCACAAGGCAGAGGUUUAAGAUCAGUUGUUUUCUUCUCCCAGAUGUUCUACCUUCCCAGCUUGAUGAGCCCCAUCUGCCCCUCACUUCCCUCUGCAGUAUGUGCAGAAAUCACCUUCUUGACCAUUGGAACCACGGUUUUUCUCGUCCACUCAAUUCCCUUCGUAUGCAGGGGAAGUCCCUAACUCACCAAGGGUUUAAGACCCACUGGCUACCCUCACCCGGUUUAGCCAGCGACAGAAGAUGUGAUUUCUGACUAUGUCCCCCUCCAGUAUGCCCCACAAAUCUGUUCUGGAAGAGUUUUUCAGGGACUGGAGUUGCAGGAGCAGAGAGAGAAUUAGAGAGGGUAUUCUGUUAGCAGAUACCUCUAUAUUUGAGCAACUUCACUGAGAAGAACCCACUGGAUUCCACCCAAUGGACUCUUGGCCCAUGACAGUACAACAAAGCAACAAAAUGAAUGGCAUGUGUAAUACUCCAAGCAAUAUUCACAGACAAGCAAUUGCUGCUGAAUACUUUUGGUGUCGUUGGCAGUUUAAAAGUUCAGCAUGUGUUCUCAGCAUUUCACAAAUUCUCAGCCAUUUGCAAAAGGUCCUUUGUGUUUUGUAUGUUAUAACAAAGUAUAUAAAAAUAAAUUUGAAAUUGGGUGCUAAAUUGUUUAAUUAUUCUUUGCAGCAUUGAAUACUGGUUUCGCUGUAUGGACCUUGAUGGGGAUGGUGUAUUGUCAAUGUAUGAACUGCAGUACUUUUAUGAAGAGCAAUGUCAAAAACUGGACAAUAUGGCCAUUGAACCACUGCCAUUUGAAGAUUGCCUUUGCCAGAUGCUUGAUCUUGUGAAACCAGAGUCUGAAGGUGAUAGGUUCUUUUCCAUCUUAACAGCCUCUCUGCAGCAAUCUUUUUGCUAACAAGAUAAAAUCAUGUAUGAAGUCUCUUUGGCUAAAUGUUCUGGUUUAGUUAUCACAUUUAGCAGGCAAAAUUCAUCUGAUAAAUUGCAUUAUGACAGGAUUUCAGUUGUAAUUUCCAACCUGAAAAUUGGCAAAAUUAUCAGGUUAUCAGACUGAGUCAAAAGCUUGCUAAAAUAAGAAUUGUCACCCCCCCUCCACCCCCAGAAUUCAUAAUGAGUCUUCAUCCUCUUGGGAAGAUGCUCCAAAGGGACUGUUUUGAUUUUAAUAGUAAUAGGAAACAUUAUUUUUGAGAAGAACUUACUCCACAGAUAUUAAUUGGGGGAUCUCUCAUAUAUUAUCCACAGGGGUUAUUAGUCCUAGUUCAUCAGUAAAAGCAACAUUUAUAAGCCUUUCAGUUUUCCAAAUAAUUCUAUCAUAGCCCGUAACUUAUCAAACGUUUAAAACCUUGUUUCUGAUCCUGUUUCCAGGGAAAAUAACUCUUCAUGACUUAAAGAAGUGCAAGAUGGCAAAUGUAUUUUUCGACACCUUUUUCAACAUUGAGAAAUAUUUAGACCAUGAGCAGAAGGAUCAGUUUUCUAUGUUGAGGGUAAGAACAAUUAGUGUCGCAAGUUGAUGUUCAUAAGCUUAACAGUCUCUUUGAUGAUAAUUUCAUUUAACAUUCUUCAGUAUUAUAAGCAUCAUUGAUCAUACCCCUAGGGCACUGAAAACGAAAACCAAGAACUGUCUGAUUGGGAAAAAUAUGCUGCUGAAGAGUAUGAUGUCCUAGUAGCAGAGGAAGCAGCUAGUGACCAGUGGAAUGAUUGGUGAGUACAGUGUUUAAGGCCUGAUGCUUUUGUUUUAGAGAUGUUGUAAGCCACCCAGAGUGGCUGGGGAAACCCAGCCAGAUGGACGAGGUAUAAGUAAUACAAGAAUUAAUAUUACUAUUAUUUACUACAGUUAUGGAAUAUCUUCUUAAUAUUAGCAAAAUAGAUUGGUUUUAUUACCACAGCUCAGGCUUAGAUAGACCGAAGUGACUAAUUCAGGGAAAGAUAAUUAUUUAAUGAAGAAUUUGCUUCCUGCAACAAAACAGAAACCUGUUCUGGGUAGCAACCAUGGCUUUUCUAGGGGAAGUCCACAUGCAGCCUAGCCCAAGCUUAUUUCCAAAGCCACAUGACAGAGCAAGUAUUUCAAAGCCAUGCCUAAGAAUAUUGGCUGUGUUCGCAUAGAAUGCUGAACCAUGGUUUAGCUGGGGGGGGGGCUCUGCGUAUGUUGUUAAAAUCCAUCUCCCAUCAUUCCUUUCUCUUGGACAUGCUGGCGUGGCCAGAUGAGAAGUUGAUGCCAACACCUGGAGCGCCACGGGUUCCCCAUUUCAGAUUUAGUGAUAUGUGGAUGAGGGCUGGGCUUAUAUGCUGCUCUCUCCUCCCAUGGAGCCAAGAGCAGUUCUCCUGAGUUUUGUUUUGCUUUAAGAGAAACCCAGUGUUGCCUAUGAACUGGGGAUUAUGGUUGACAAGGAACAAUCCAGCUGCAAGCUAUGACUUACAAAGCUGACUUGUUUAACUGAGGCUUGCUUAUUUUUAAACUAUGUUCCCCUGUGUGCAUAAUGCUAACUGAGGAUCUCUGAAAGUGAAAAUCAAGUUCAUAGAAAUCUUCCUCUUGGCAGCAUGAAAGGAGAGAAGGGGAGCAUAUGAGAUUGAUGCUUUGUUUGGGCUCACAGAGGCUUAUCCAACACUAAGCCAGAGUUUGUGUGCAAACAGGGCUACUGGCUGGUUAUAUGUAAAACAGUAAUUGCCGUAUAUACUUGAGUAUAAGCCAACCCGAAUAUAAGCUGAGGCACCUAAUUUUACCACAAAAAAACUGGGAUAACUUAUUGACGAGUAUAAGCCUAGGGUGGGAAAUGCCAACAGUGGCAAAGGCGGAGGAAGGAGCAGCCUGAAAGGGCUGCUUUCGGGCUGCUCGUUCCUUUUCCUUCUCCUCCGCCAACAGCCUCUGCCGCUCGCAAGGGCAGGCACAGGAGCCGCACUUGGCAGAGCAGAGGCAGCAAACAGUAAGUGGGACCCUCACUUGAGUAUAAGCCAUGGGGAGCUUUUUCAGCAUAAAAAAUGUGCUGAAAAAGUUGGCUUAUAGACAAGUAUAUAUGGUAAGUAACAACACUGAUGAGCAGUUACCGUAACUAACCUAAAAUCCAUUGAGUAUGGUACAUAGCUAUCACCAAAAAUGUAGCAGCUGGGAGCAUAAUGCAAUAAAGUACAAGGUAUGUCCAUAAAUAUGUACUUUCUUCGUUAAUUCCUAUGUUGCUUUCCUAGUUAUGAAGCGGAAUUGAACCCUGGAGAUCAUCAGAAGACCAACGUGCUGAAAUAUCAGAUGGAAAAAAGGCCUUUCUUUGAUAUGCCUUCCCAUUUGGCAGACGUUGACUUAGAUGAGUAUGACUAUGAAGAUGAUUUUGAAUGAAUUAUUUGUAUAAAAAUAAGGACCGUCUGCAGCAGGUCUGCUAAACCUAUGUAGGGCUUAGUUUCCAGAAAAAGUAAACUUAGUUCUUUGUGCUGCAAAGUUAAUAUUUUAAUCAUUUUGGAUGAUAGUUAUUGUUAGUCACACUCAAAGUAGAUAUUGUAGACCCAUUGAAAUGAAUGGUCUUAUACAUGAAGGUCAAAGGGCUUACUUUGAGUAUGAUUAAAAUUUAUAUCACCCUUAGAUACCUUGAAAAAAAAAGUUGCUUUUUAUGGAAUUACUUUUUUGUAUUUAUUCAUUAGAUUGUUGCCUGUAAAAUAGAGUUAAUUUAUUUAUAGAUAGGUUAUAUUACCUUUAUGGAAUUACAACGUACCUUCCCCCCUCCUCUAAAAAAAAAAAGAGUAGAAUUCUUCCUAGUUUUCAUUUAUAGCGAUAAUGAUCUCCCAGCAGAAAUCUAAUAACUUUGCCAGAGUUCAAAGAGAAAAUGUCACAGCUGUGCGUGAAGGUCAAAGCAUCACUGGACAUGCGCAUGCAGCAAAAUGUGGUCUUGCCCUGAAAACUAACACACACACACACUGUGUUCCUUUUAGGCCUUCAACUUAAACCCCCACCGCCACCCAUUGCAAGAAUGGUUUUUUUCGCUCACACUCGACUGCAGUGGAUGUUGUAUUCUGUGUCAAAGGAACCAAUUUUUAAACCUUAUGUAAGUUUUACUUGAUCUGUGAUGUGCACUAACCUUGUUAUGGGCAUUUAGUGUGUUUCCUCAAUGGUUAGCUAAUGACACAUUCCAUGAGUAUUCAUACCAAUGGUGUCAGAGCAGCUGAACAGUUUGAUGCUUCCCUUGAGAAGUGAUGGCUUUUCUGGACAAGCUAGAAGUUGCUACGCCAGUUUUUUAAAAGCAUAAGGUUUGUAGUGCCUUAAUUAUCUCAACGUUCACACAAGGAACUAAAUAUUGUGUUCCAGGAAGAUUCUUGCUGUUUUUCAUGUAAAACAAAAACAGGUGUAAGCUAUUUUGUUUGCAGUGCAGAUCUGUUUAAAGCAUUUAAAUAUGUUAUUUUCAAAUAAAGUUUUUUUCAUAUAUGU